UCAGGAAGUUGAAAAAAGCUUGCUGGGUUUCAGAGCUCACAUCAAUGGACUUGGAGAAGAGUACUACAAUGAGAGAAAAGUGAUGGUGAUGGAGUUGGUAAGAGAUCUCAAGUAGGGAAUCUGCUUGAAUUUCAGCAACAGUUUGAAAGAUGAGAAUAGCAGGAGAAGAUGAAGUUAUGGUUAUUGGUGAUGGAUGUGGAGGAAAGGAGGAGAGGAUGUUAGUGUCAGUGAGAAUAAGGCCUCUGAAUUCAAUGGAGAUUGCAAGGAAUGAGUUUUCAGUUUGGGAGUGUAUUAGUAACACCACCAUCAUGAAUCAAAACAAAUGUUUUUAUGAAUUUGAUAGAGUAUUUGGUUGUGAGUGCACAACAAAGAAAGUGUAUGAGAAUUCAGCAAAGGAAGUAGUUCUUUCAGUUGUCAAUGGUGUUAAUUCAAGUGUUUUUGUUUAUGGCCAAACAAGCAGUGGAAAGACAUACACAAUGAAUGGAAUUACAGAGUGUAGUGUUGCAGAUGUAUAUGAAUACAUAGAAAGGCAUGAAGAGAGGGAAUUUGUCUUGAAGUUUUCAGCAAUUGAAAUAUACAAUGAAGUUGUAAGAGAUCUACUAAGUACCGAUGCUAGGCCUCUUCGUGUUCUUGAUGACCCAGAGCGAGGAACAUUUGUUGAGAAACUUAGAGAAGAAACAGUAAGAAACAAGGAUCAUCUUAAGGCAUUGCUUUUGUUUUGUCAAGCUCAAAGACAGAUUGGAGAGACCUCUUUGAAUGAAAUGAGCUCAAGAUCUCAUCAAAUUCUAAGACUUACAAUUGAAAGUUCUGCUAGACGGUAUUCGGAUAAGGACAGUUUCAGCACCUUGUCUGCCAGUGUGAAUUUCAUUGAUUUGGCUGGAAGUGAACGAGCAUCUCAGGCCUUAUCUGAAGGCAUUAGACUUAAAGAAGGUUCCCACAUAAACCGAAGCUUGUUGACACUCGGGACUGUCAUUCGUAAACUAAGUAAGGGAAGAAACGGGCACAUACCAUAUCGAGACUCAAAGUUGACUCGCAUAUUGCAAUCUUCAUUGGGUGGUAAUGCAAGAACAGCGAUAAUUUGCACGAUAAGCCCUGCUCGAAGUCAUUUUGAGCAAUCCAGAAAUACGCUUUUGUUCGCUAAAUGUGCAAGAGAAGUUGUUACUAGUGCUCAUGUCAAUGCAGUCAUGUCAGACAAGGCCAUGGUAAAGCAUUUGCAGAAAAAACUUGCUACAUUGGAGACUGAACUUAGAUAUACCAGCUCAACCUCCGGCACUUUCCAUUCCGUAGCUCUGAGGGAGAGAGAUGCUCGAAUCAGGAAAAUGGAGAAAGAGAUGAAAGAACUAAUUCAACAGCGAGAUCUUGCUCAGUCUCGGCUUGAGGAUUUGCUGUUAGUGGUAGGGGAUGAACAAGCUUCCAGAGAAUGGGAUGAACUUAGCCAGCUUUCAGCAUCUUAUGUAUCAAAUGCAUAUGAUGAUGUACUUUCGGCAUCUGAUACCACUUUUGAUCCACUAAAAGAAGAAUAUUAUACCUCACCGAGGAAUUUAAGUAUUGGUCCAAUGUCCAAUAGUGUAUUGGUAACGCGUCAAUGGACAGAGGAGGCCGAGCAAGACUCUUACUCUGAUUUCGAAGACCUCUGCAAGGAAGUGCAAUGUAUUGAGGUAGUAGAGCAGAAAACAAGUGCAAACAAAGAGUCCAAUCCAUUGCUAAGUGUUAAUCACCAGAAGCAUGCAUCUCAAGGUGCAAGUUUUAACACUGAUAAUAAUCUUGUUAAGUUGUGCCCGAAUGAAGUAUCGGCACUCUCAUUAGUGAAAGAGGAGGAAAUACAGAAUGUGAGAACAAAUGGAACUGAUACCAUAAGGGUGUACAGUGAUGAAAGCUAUAGAAGCUUGGCACUAAGGAAAAGCAGGAGUUGCAGGGCCACAAUGAUGAUGCCUAGCCAAUGUGUGAAAGACUUCCAUACAAGACCUCAAGGUAUCUAUCAAAAGCACAUUGCAUUAGGAUCUAAUCCUGAACAAAAAGCUUCUAAUGAUGUGUUCAAGAAACCGAAUAAAAAAUGUGUUUCUGAAGAUAAUAUUACCAGCAUAUGUGAAUUUGUUACCGAACUGAAGGAGAUUGCUCAAGUACAAUAUCAGAAAACGACAACCGAUAGCCAGGAGUUAAGACAAAGUGAAGAUUUUGGAAUGACGAGCAGUGUGAAGGACAUCGGGCUUGAUCCAAUGACAAACUGGUCGAUGGAAUUCGAGAAAAGGCGGAAAGACAUUAUAGAGCUUUGGCAUGCAUGCAAUGUUUCCUUGAUCCAUAGAACAUACUUCUUCCUUCUUUUUAAAGGCGAUCCAGCGGACUCGGUUUACAUGGAAGUUGAACGUAGGCGACUCUUAUUUCUCAAGGACACAUUCUUUUCAAGCAUGAGAAAUCUUCGUCGAGAAAGGGAAAUGCUAUGUAGGCAAAUGUGGAGAAGGUUAUCGGCAAUUGAAAGAGAGAGACUUUACUCAAAAUGGGGAAUCGAAUUGUGCUCCAAGAAAAGAAGGAUGCAGCUCGCAAACCUAUUGUGGUCUGAGACGGAAAACACGGAACAUGUCAGUGAGAGUGCAUCUCUAGUUGCAAAACUAACCGGUUUCCUGAAACCCGAGCAUGCACUUAAAGAGAUGUUUGGACUGAGCUUUACACCACAAAUGAUGUACAAGAGGUCAUGCAGCUGCAGAAAUGGACUGUAUUCCAAUUCGAAAUCAAUCCAAUUCUUCUGAUUCUACUC